CCCGCUCGAACGUGACGCUGUGUCUGUCAAAUGAACCAGUGCUAUAGCUAAUUACAGCUAGGCUCCAGUAGCCUUAUAAGCCCUCCAGCGCAGCUGAUAUCUUUGCUCUUUCCCAGCUUGCUAGUCAUGCAUUUUGCUUUUGUUUCUAUUUUGUUGCUUGCUGGUCAAGCCCUUUCGUUGUCUAUCGAUGUUGGUGGUUCUGUUGGAACUAUCGAUGCGACCCAAUUCCUCAACAUUACUGAUAUAUAUCUCUUGACCGACUGUCAGACCCAAUGUUCCAACGCCGACGCUCAAAUUAUCACCUGCGCAACAAAUGAUUCUUGUCUCUGCGCAUCUAACACAGUCACCGCUGUCACCUCCUGCGAGCAAUGCAUAUUCAACGAUUUGAUCGCAAAGUUCACAAUUAGCACCGAUCCCCGUGCUGGUUCAACCGCUGCUCUUACUGCAUACGCCACCGCGUGCUCAUCCGUAGGUUUCACAGUGCCUUCCUCCCUCGUUACCUUGUCCGUCCCUUCUAAUUGGGACGGUCCUCUCGGAGUUUCCCUGGGCACUGCCUCUACUGUCGUGAUCGUUGCCAUUACUGCGGCCCUGGGUACGGGUAGUCUCCUCCUCUUGUCUAAUAUGUGAAGGAAAUACGACGUCAGUAUCGGCUUGCUCUCUCAUUCGUCAUAUGUUAUGUAUGCUUCAUGGAAUAAUAACAUCACGCCUGUCGUUUCACCAGAUGAAUGAAUCAUUCAGUCACACUGCCCCUUCUACAAGGACAAUCGGUGUUGGGAUGGAAACACGACCGCCUCGAUGAUGUUUAAAAGGGAGAGCUUCGGAGUGUGGCUGCAGGAAGAAACAUGGCAUAUAUUGGGCGGAUACUGCCGCCGCCGCCACAGCUACAGUUGUUGCGAAAAAAAAUCACCCAGUCCAAUAGUGCUGUAUUGUUAUAUCCACACUGGACUAUAAGCCAAAAAAAAAACCAUCCAUCUUUCUGUCUCAUUAUCCACUG